AAGGAACUACGAACGAACGGAAAACUCCUCUCAAAGCCUCAUACUUACCAUCAAAAACCCCAUUUUCAAAGGCUGCCUUAGGGUUUUCGAGGAAGAGGAUUCCAUAUCAAGCCAAAGUUGGGGUCUUCUUCUACCUCUCUGCACAUCAAAUCACGCCAUGAAACCAAAACCAAAGCAAAAGAAACCUCAAACCCACUCUCCAAUAGCAGCAGACUCAUCGAAUGAUUUCGCAUUUCAAUUAACCAAAAUCGCAGUCUCACAGAUCUGCCAAUCACUGGGUUUCAAAUCCACACAGCUCUCAGCCCUUGAAAACCUAACUCAAGUAACCACCCUUUACCUGAAAACCCUAGCCAAGGCCGCCACAUCAUACUCCAAUGCAUCCAAUCGCACUCAAUCCAACGUCUUCGACAUCGUAAACGCCCUCCACGAUAUUUACUCAAUACGAGGUUUCACAGGAGGCUCCACCAUAGACAAGAGCAAUAGUCUCUUAAGUUCAUGCGUAUCAAAUGAUCUAUCCGUUUUUGUCCACUCCACCAAAGAAAUCCCCUUUUUUAAGGCCAUUCUGAGAGAAGGGAAUACAAUUUCUCCACGUCGAAGUUGGAAUUUGAAGGGAACGCACAUUCCCAUGUGGUUGCCGGAGUUUCCAGAUGAGAAAUCAUAUGUGAAAUGCAAAGAAAAUAAUGGAGACGAGAGAAUGGGGUUGUGGGAGAAUUCGGAAUUGGAGAGGACGAGUGCCAGUGGUGGAACUGGGAAUAAAGAGAAAAAGAAAAUAGAUGAUGGUGGUGAUUUGCCAGCGGAGAGAGGGAGGGUGCGAUUCAGGAUUGGGCAAGUGGCGAAGAGGAAUUGGGUGUCUCGCUCGAGGGUAGAUGGUUCAGUUUUUAUUGAAUUUUAAUAGUCGCACCAUGGAUUCGAACCCUGCUUCCUUAAGUUGAGGAGCCAAAACCUUAAUUAUGCAAUCACCGUUUGGACCGUGGGGCACCAUUGAGUUUGUGA